CAUUACACCACAUCUCCUCGGCCCACUCUCCAGGACUAGGGUUUUAUAAGAGCGCAGUCCGCUUCCGACCCUCGACUCCUCCUCCCAAACCCUAGCGCCGGCGCCUCCACUUCCUUUCUCCCUCGUCUCCUCGCGUUUCAGGGCCCGGCCAAAGGGAAGCAAGAUGUAUACCGCCAGGAAGAAGAUCCAGAAGGACAAGGGUGUCGAGCCCUCCGAGUUUGAGGAUUCCGUCGCACAGGCUUUCUUCGAUCUGGAGAACAACAACCAGGACCUCAAGAGUGAACUCAAGGACCUCUACAUCAAUACUGCUAUCCAGAUGGAUGUUGUCGGCAACAGGAAGGCCGUGGUGAUCCAUGUGCCGUACCGCCUGCGCAAGGCCUUCAGGAAGAGCCAUGUCAAGCUCGUCAGGGAGCUGGAGAAGAAGUUCAGCGGCAAGGAUGUAGUUUUUAUUGCAACAAGGAGGAUUGUGAGGCCACCCAAGAAGGGUUCAGCUGUUCAGCGCCCUCGCACCAGAACUCUCACUGCUGUUCAUGAUGGUAUCUUGGAGGAUGUUGUAUACCCAGCUGAGAUCGUUGGGAAGCGUGUCAGAUACCGUUUGGAUGGUUCCAAGAUCAUCAAGAUCUUCCUGGACCCCAAGGAGCGCAACAACACUGAAUACAAGCUGGAGACUUUCACCGCAGUCUACCGCAGGCUUUGUGGCAAGGAAGUCGUCUUUGAGUACCCUGUGACCGAAACUGCUUGAAGAUGCAUGCUUUGGAUAUCUCCAUUUUCAUUCCGUUCGUAUCCAGACGUUUUGGUUGAGGUCUCAAUUAGUUCUCCCCAUGUAUUCCAGAAACCAUAGUUUUGGUGACAACUUGGCGUUUAGGUGUUUGCAACCUGGAGAUGGCAAUGGACGUGAACAAUGUUAAGUUUUGAGCAUUUAAAUUAUUCUCUUGCUCGGUUAACUCGUUGCAAUUUAUCUUC